AUGAAAAAAUAUUUUGGUAAGCUUGGUAAGGGAAGAAAGCGUUACAGAAGGGCUUAUCAAUUACGUGGUCCCUCCUUAGAACAGCAGAUUGUUGACCAUGUGGACAACCAAGAUGAUGGUCCACAUGAAUAUUAUUUAGUAAAGGAACCAAAACCUCGUUCUACGCCUAUAAAAAGGAGGAAAAAACGGGGCCUUGGUCGUCCUCGUGCCGGUCGUCGUCGUGUACGUCGCCGCAUGAUUAUUGAUAUUCAUUUAGAAGUCUUAGACGAAUGUCAAAAAGGGGACCUGCAUUCGACGAAGGAAGACUUUUUUGAAAUUUUGGUUCAAGAAUUUAUGGGAAGCAAAUUCAUAAAAGAAGAAAAUGUUCCUAAGGAACAUGUUUCUAUGGUUGAUGUUCCUAUGGAAUAG